AUGAUACCGGCCGCCAACCUGGCGGUCUCCUUCCGCGCAUUGCAUCGUCAAACUUCAAGGAACCGAUACCAGUCUUCGUACGAGAUCCACCACGUACCUUGUGCGUCUCGUAUCUGCGGCGAGGUUGGUCGUUUUUCUUGGGGAGGCUGGGGCAUGGACGUCGGUCUGGACCCUAUCGAAGCAAGCCUUGUUACGCGCUUCCUUUGGUGUAUCAGCCUGCGGCACUCCCUUGUAUUUUCCUCGAUCGAACACCUCACGCGCGCGGAGUGA